AUGGCAGAGCCAAUUCAGCAGCUGACCAGAAACAACAACCCCCAGGAGAGGCAGACCAUCCCCUUUACUCUGAUACAGCGCAAAGAAAAGCUUGGAGACCUCCUUUACGAAAAACGUCAGUAUGGAAAAGCCAAGUGGGCUUGUAUAAAAAUGGAAGAAAAGCAGUAUGAACAGAGCAUAUGCCUUGGAUUCAUGAAGCUGAUGAGGUACAUCUGUGAGCAGAAUUCCUCAGGACUGUACCUGGGGAUAACAAUACCCAUUGUGACAAUAGUCCACACAAACGAAGCUCAGUCGGAGAUGAGACAGUCAGUGACAGUAGCGUACUACCUGCCUGAAGUGCUGCAGGACGAACCACCUCAUCCUUUUGACUCUGACAUAAUCAUUGAAGAAUGGCCUUCUACUAUUGUUUAUAGUAGGAGCUUCAGAGGCAUCACCAAUGAAGACUCUAUAAUGAGAGAAAUAAACCUGUUGGCGGAAAUUCUGGAGAGUCCCGAGUUAUGUUUGCAGGAUACAUUCAUCAUUGCAGGAUACACAAACCCAGCUGCUGCCAACCGACACAAUGAGAUAUGGUUCCUUCAAAGGCCAUAA